CUCCGAGGUGCACUAUAUAGUGUGGCCGUACUCCUAGUCGUCUCUAGUUACAUGGAAAGAAAAUACCCCACUAAGUGACUUCACAACAUUACAACAUGCACUUAAUCUGAAGGAGAAGGGAGAGGUUGCAGCUAAUAGGCUGGGUUGUUUUUUUUCUAGUUUCAUUUCAAACUAAGCACAUGGCCAGGAACAAGAGCUGGCUUCUGAAUCAUUAAACUGUAGUUCUGAAGAAAAAUUGGCACUGUUAUCACAUUGUUCAAAACAACAGUUUUCAUCCUGGCCGUGAAGAGCUGAUGACUCGGACUGUGCAAAUGGUCAAGAACUCUUCCAUAAGCCAGGCCAAAUCAUCUUGUUUCAUAGGUCAUUUCAAACUCACAGCUUGCAGUCCAGUUUGCCAAAAGGUCCAGUGGAGUUCAUGUUUGAUCCCAAAGAACAUGGGGCCAAGUCUGAGAGAAUUUGGGCUGAUGUAUGGGUUUCUCCAGCGCGUAGGUGAGAUUUGCAUUUUCUUUCAGGCUGAGUUUGCUGGAACUCAGAAUUCAGAGGGUAGAUGGAAACCCAAGGAAAUGCCUUCCCCAAAGCCAGUGUGUCGUGCAGCCCUGCAACUCCGGUUGUAUCUCUUUCAGCAGGACUUCACACUCUCGAAGGGGAAAGAUGCCCCCGCGGGGCAGAGCGACGAGAACGCGGAGCGGGGGAACUGGUCCAGCAAGACGGACUAUCUGCUGUCCAUGGUGGGCUACGCGGUGGGGCUGGGCAACGUCUGGCGCUUCCCCUACCUCACCUACCAGAACGGAGGCGGUGCCUUUCUAAUACCCUACACAAUUAUGCUGGCAUUAGCUGGUUUACCUUUAUUUUUUUUGGAAUGUUCCCUGGGGCAGUUUGCCAGUUUGGGGCCAGUUUCUGUGUGGAGAAUAUUACCAAUUUUACAAGGAGUGGGAAUCACGAUGGUCAUCAUCACCGUCUUGGUGACCGUCUAUUACAAUGUUAUAAUUGCCUAUGCCCUCUACUAUCUGUUUGCUUCCUUUCAAAGUGUACUGCCAUGGUCAGACUGCUUUGCGUGGGCAGAUGAAAAUUGCAGCAAAACACCUGUAGUGAGUGAUUGCAAUACGACCUUACCAAACGGGAUAAUCAUUCACACAAACUACUCGUACGUCACCAGCAACAAUCUAACCUGUCUCAAUGGCAGCUUAACGUAUAAACAAGUGCAACUUCCCAGUGAGCAGUACUGGAAUAAAGUGGCCCUUCGGCGCUCCAGCGGGCUGGACGAGACAGGCGAAAUUGUCUGGUACUUGGCCCUCUGCCUGCUCCUAUCCUGGCUGAUAGUCGGAGCUGCAUUAUUUAAAGGGAUAAAAUCUUCAGGAAAGGUUGUUUAUUUCACAGCUCUCUUUCCAUAUGUUGUCCUCGUUAUCCUGCUUGUCCGAGGUGCCACCCUGGAAGGUGCUCGGAAUGGCAUUGAGUAUUACAUUGGAACACAGUCCAAUUUCACAAAGCUGGUGGAGGCAGAGGUUUGGAAAGAUGCAGCUACUCAGAUAUUCUUCUCCCUGUCGGUGGCCUGGGGGGGCCUGGUCGCUCUCUCCUCUUACAAUAAGUUCCAUAACAACUGCUAUUCCGAUGCCAUUGUUGUUUGUUUAGUAAACUGCCUCACCAGCGUGUUUGCGGGAUUUGCGAUAUUCUCUGUUUUGGGUCAUAUGGCUUUCCUGGCAGACAGACCUGUCUCUGAAGUUGUAGACUCAGGGUUUGAUUUGGCAUUUGUUGUCUAUCCAUCAGCUCUCUCCAAACUACCAGUUGCCCCUCUUUGGUCCUUUUUAUUUUUCUUCAUGCUUUUACUGUUGGGGCUUGACUCUCAGUUUGCUUCCAUAGAAACAGUGACAACCACCAUACAAGAUAUAUACCCCAAAGUGAUGAAAAAGAUGAGGGUUCCUGUAACCCUAGGAUUAUGCAUGCUGCUGUUUUUUCUUGGUCUCGUCUGCGUCACUCAGGCAGGAAUUUACUGGGUGAACCUAGUGGAUCAUUUCUGUGCUGGAUGGGGGAUCCUUUUUGCAGCUGUCCUGGAAAUAAUAGGCAUUAGCUGGAUUUAUGGAGGAAACCGAUUUAUCCAAGACACUGAAAUGAUGAUUGGCCAGAAGAGCUGGUGGUUCUGGCUGUGGUGGAGAGCAUGCUGGUUCUUCAUUACCCCUGUUCUCUUGACUGUGAUUUUAUGCUGGUCUUUGGUCACAUUUUCGCCUCCUAAGUACGGAUCAGUCGAAUACCCUGCGUGGGGAUCGGCCGUGGGCUGGUGCAUGAUUGUCUUCUGCAUCAUGUGGAUUCCCAUUGUUGCGAUUGUAAAAAUAGUAAAAGCGCAAGGAAACCUGUGGCAGCGUAUUGUGAGCUGCUGCCGGCCGACUGCUAACUGGGGUCCCUCUCUGGAAUGUCACCGAGGAGAAAGGUACAGCCACAUGGUAGAUCCCCACAAAGAAAAAGACCAGGAGAUCCCCACCGUGGAUGGCUUCGUGCACAAGCUGGAAUGAGACGCUUGCCCCGGGCUGCAUUAUUUUUAACACAAAUGUGUUUUCUUUAUGUUUAAUGUUGGAAAAUAGUGGUCCGAACUAUUGAAAGCUGUACUAUUUAUUGUUAGCUCUGCCUUACAGGGGGGAGCAGGUCAUGGAGUGGAGAGGAAAGCCCAAGCCCACGGGCUGGGAGGGCAGGAAAAUACACUCCAGCCUCUCAGAGUAUAGGGACUGGGAACAGUCUGUAGGGCCCCUGCCCUGCAGAUGCUGCUGUGGGGGGAUGUGUUCUGGUGCUCUCCUGCACAGGGCUUGAGCCACGGGGUUCUGUGCUGGGCACGUACCAACAAGCCAUGAUCCUGACACAUCACCCCACGUGCUCUGUUUUCAGGAGCUGGUGCACAGCUCAGGCUGACGGCACACAGAGGGGCGGAUGGGUUCCUGCUCUCCGCUCAGCAGCCCAGGGAAAGUGAAUAAUUGCUGCUGUCUGGGCCUUGCUCAGGUUUCUCAGGGCUUGGUGCUGAGCAAAAUGUGCAUCUGUGUUGUCUCUAUCUCUCGACAUUGGGGGUGACAAGCUGCCUGGCUUAUGAGGCUAGAAUGUAGCAACGCAAGUUCCCAUCGAUUUAUCGUUGUUUCUACUGGAAUUCCUCAGGGGUCACCUUUUGGUACGGUGUAAAUACAGUCAGCAUCCACUUGUCUGGUCCUCUCAACCCCAGCUUCCUUCGUGCUGAACUCAGGAUUGCCCAAAGGGGGGGGGCAAGUAGGGCAAUUUGCCCCAGGCCCCACAGGGGCCCCCACGAAAAUAUAG